ACUUUUUCUUCUCCUCCUUCUCCUCCUCCUCCUCCUUGUCUUUCUUUUUCUCUACCUUCUCUUCUUCUUCUCCUUCUCUUCUUUUGCCUUUUCUUCUCUGUUCUUCUCAUUCUUCUCAUCUUUCUUCUUCUCCUCUUUCCUCUUGUCCUUCUCCUUCUCACCUCAUUUUCCUCCUUCUACGUCUUGUCCUUCUUCCCCUUCAUCUUCUAGUGCUUCUCCUCCUUCUAUUUAUUCUUCUUCAUCUGUUUCUUUGUCCUCCUCUUUUUCCUUUUCUUCUGUUUCUCAUAUUUCCUCUUCUCUUGUCCUUUUUUCUCGUUCUCUUCUUUUCCUCCUUCUUCCUCUUUAUCCUCUACUCUUCCUUCCCCUUCUUCUUUGUCUGCCUCUUUUUUCUUCUGUUUCUCAUCCUUCUCCUUCUCCUCGUUCGUCGUCUUCUUCUUCAGUCAGCAGCAGGGACUGCAAGAGGAAGUGGGUGCUUCAGGGACGGCCACAAGAAGUAUGGUGUUGUCCUGCCUUGAUGGCUGACGAGUUGAGAGACGGCGUGCUGCCUUCGCUGACCGUGGGAGCUCUGUGCGCAUCAUGUGACCUCGCUACGGGGAAGGACGCAGUCGUGGCAUGAGCCGGAAAGAAGUUCACCGAAGGCAUCGCCGCUCCCACCGCCAGUGAACGCACCGCGGAGUGUUGAGGUGAUCCAUGGCAACAGAGGCUCUCUGACCGUCGCGUCCAUCGGACACCUCCAUGUAGCCGGGGAGCACCGAGGAGGACCAAUCCGGCUCGUCGGCUCCCGAUUUGGGCUCCAAGGUGACCGACGAGGGAGCCAGACGGAGGUGGCUUCCGGUGCACGUCAGCGGCAGGUGAAGCUGACUGUGCCCGCACCUCGGAGCGCUGAGGCCGGCCUCCGUCAGGAUGGUCGUCGCUAACCUCUCCGGAGCUUAAAAUUCAGCACAUCACCUUUUUUCCAUCUUCCCUCAUCAGCACCAAAAUCACCAUGGGGCAUUUUUAACACGAUGCUCGCCAGCACAAUGCGUCGCGUUUUUGAUUGGUUUGCUUAAAAAAAACCCUGCUUGCCUUUUUAGUGCACACAAGUUUUUUUUAAUUUUUCAAUUAUUAAAGCUCACAUCUCCAUCAAGCAUCUGAGGCAUCAUCGUGAAGAUGGCGACUGGGUCGGGUUGGCAGCAGUAUUACUGCCCUGCCGGUCAGGGGAAAUAUACUUCAUCAUCUUCAUCAUCCUCCUUCCAGUCCGGCCUGGCCAUGGAAUAUACCCAAGACCUGCACCUGAAGAUGAGCAAGAAGAUCGCCCAGCUGACCAAGGUCAUCUACGCGCUCAACACCAAGAACGACGAGCACGAGGCGGCCAUCGCCACGCUGAAGGAGGCGCACGAGGAGGAGGUGCAGCAGAUCCUCUCAGAAACCAGGGAGAAGAUUUUACAGUACAAGAGUAAGAUCAGCGACGAGAUGGACCUGAAGAGGCGGAUCCAGUCUCUGGAGGAAUCCAUGGAGUUGCACGAGAGGAUGAAGAGGCAGGCCCUGGCCGAGUUUGAAAACUACCGUCAGAGGGUGGAGGACCUCCAGCUGUGCACCGAGGCUCAGCACACGCAGCGUGUGGUGUCCAUGUCACGGGAGGUGGAGGAGAUGCGACGCUCCUUUGAGGAGAAGCUGCGCACCUUCAGCACAGCCCAGUCCCAGUUUGAGCAGGAGAAGAAGGCGGCGCUGGAGGAGCUGAAGGCCCAGCACAGGCAGGAGAUCCAGGAGCUCCUCCGCAGCCACCAGAGCCAGAACGCCAACUACAGCAAAGAUCAGGAGAAACUGGGUCAGCUGCACAAAGCCGAGGUGGAUUCUCUGGCAGAGCGCGUGGAGGAGCUCAAACAGGACAAGAAGCGACUGGUGGACGAGUACGAGGCCAAACUCAGCAAGGCUCAGGCUUUCUACGAGCGUGAGCUGGAGGCCAUGAAGCGAACGCAGCAGCUGACCGCCGACAACCUGCUGGCGUGGAAGCGCACGGAGGCCGAGCUGCGGCGGGAGUUCCAGACGCAGGAGGCGGCGCUGCAGAAGACGCUGGGCAAGCUGAGGACCGAGCUGGCCCGUGUGAGCGAGGAGGCCCGCGAGAACCGCGAGCGGUCGCACAAGCUGCAGGCGUCGCUCGCUACCUCCGAGAGUGCCGUCAAGGAGUUAAGCAAGCAGCUGGACGAGGUGACCCAGAACUCUGAGAUCGUGGAGAUCCGUCAGAAGGAGGCUGAGUGUGAGCUGGAGGCGGCCAGGGAUCGUGUUCAGCAGCAGGCCACCGAAAUCCUCCUCAAAGCCAGUCAAAUCAGCAGCCUGCAGGCCACCCAGAUGACCCAGGAGGCAGCCAUUCGGGACUUGGACAACGAGCGCAGCCGGCUCAAGGACAAGGUCCUGAGGAUGGAGGAGGAGCGGGAGGCGCUGCAGAGCCAGAGCCAAGCUCUGGAUGACAGACACAAGCAGCAGCUGGUGUCCCUCGAGAAGACACUCCGAGAGGAGAAGGCGUCCCACGAGAAGGACAUGAGCGGCCUGCGUGCUCGCUACGAGGACGAGAGCAGCCAGUUGAAGGAGAACCAAACCCGGGUCCUGGACGACGUGGCCAAGAAGCACAGAGUGACGCUGGAGAGCGCGCUCAGUAACGCAGAGAAGGACAAGAACCGCCUGUUGGCUGAGCUGGAGCAGCAGUUUGAACGUGAGCGCCACACGCUGGAAGAGCAGAAGAAUCUGCUCAAGCAGCAGCUAGAGCAGCUAAGGGACGAGAUGACCUCCAGACUCAACGCCGCCAACCAGGAGGUAUGUCGGCUACAGGAACAGGUGCAGCAGGGCGAGAAGGACAUGGGAAUGGCAGAGGGACAGAUGUCCACGCUGAAGGAGGCUCAGGACAAGCUGCUGGAGGAGCUGGACGCCACCAGGGGGCGAUUGAGGGAGACCAGCAACCUGCUCACGGCGCUGCAGGGAGAGCUGGAGGUCCAGAAGCGUCAGCAUGAAGCCAAAGUGAUCACCACCAAAGAGGAGGAGAAGCAUAAGAUGGACAAGAUGGCUCUGGAGCUCGAGCUCAAAUGGACUGAGACUCUCAGGCAAGAAUGUAAGAAGCUACGUGAGGAGCUGAGAGAGGAGCACGAGGUGGACAAGGCCUCGGCUUUGAGCCAGCUGGCCCAGAACAAGGAGCAGGAGAUGAGCAAUGCUCGCGAGAGUUGGCAGAGGAAAGUGGACGACCUGCUCGAACAGAUCUCCUUGCUGAAGCAGAGUCUGGAGAUGCAGCUGUCGCAGUCGCAGUCGUCGCUGCAACAGCUGCAGCACCAGUUCAGCCAGGAGAGGGAGCACCUGCGCACGCAGCUGGACGAGCUGCAGACCGAGCACCAGCGCCGCCAGCAGCGUCUGCAGGAGGCGCAGUGCUGCGCCCUGCAGGACCUGGAGCACGCCCGCCAGCGCGACCUCAAGGACCUGGAGGAGCGCCUCCGCCAUCAUCACCACGCCGAGCUCCAGUCCCUGAGAGAGGCUCACCGUCAGAGCGUGGAGACGCUCAAGCAGCAGUCUGAACAAGAGCUGCAAACACUUCGCUUUGAGCUGGAGGACGAGGGCAAGGCCAUGCUGGCAUCCCUGAGGUCGGAGCUCAAUCACAUCCACGCGUCGGCCAUCGAGCACCUGAGACAGAAUCAUCAACAGGAAGUGGCGGCCGCCAAGGUGGAGCUGGACAAGACGGUGGAGAAGACCCACCUCCAGGAGCGCGAGCUGCUGGGUCGCAUCGCCGAGCUCCACGAGGAGGUGACGCGCAGGAAGAACCACAUCGCUCAGCUGGACCACCAGAUCCACACGCUCAACGAGAACAUCAGCAGCCUGACCAAGGAGCUGGAGCUCAAGGGCAAGGAGGUGCUGAAGAUACGCAGCGAGGCCAACCAGCAGAUCAGGGCUCACGAGCAGGAGCUGCUGAAGCGUCACGAGAGGGAACUGUCCGAGCUGAACAUGGCGCACAGCAGGGAGACCCAGAACAUGCUGUCGGACUUCAACAAGGCGCAGGAACUCCUAAAAGACAAGAUCUCCGCCCUGCAGAUACUGCUGGAAGGAACAGAGGAGAAGUUCAGGAACAGGGAGAGUCGUCCUGAAGAUCUGCAGAUGAUCGCUGAGCUGAAGGACAUGGUGUCUGAGAGGGAAUCUCUCGUUAAGAAGCUGGUGGACGACAAGAAGUUCUACCAGCUGGAGCUGGUCAACCGGGAGACCAACUUCAACAAAGUGUUCAACGCCAGUCCCAACGUAGGAGUCAUUAACCCGCUCAUCAAGCAAAAGCGAAAGAAUGAGAAAGCGGCGGCGAGCAGAUUCAGCAGCUCGGCCAGUGUCAGGGUUCUGGAGGCAGCCGGCUCGGGCGCGGCGCUGCCCGGGGGCGGGCAGCCUCCUCAGCCGCCGCCACCGCCGCCGCCGCCCCCGACCCAGCCCGCCCGCCUCGAGCCCAUCCCCCACUCCCCCCUUCUCCUCCACCACCACCUCGAGCUCAACACCAACAAACCUCUUCCCCCGCCGCCGACCCCUCCCACCGAACCCAAGAAAUUCACGAGCCCUCUUGAGACAAAGGAUGCCGCCAUCGACCUUCCGGACGCUCAGCGGCAGGAGUGGUUCGCUCAGUACUUUUCCUUUUGAUCGCCAACACGCAAACCUGCAGAAACACACCAGGAUUUUCAGCAUGUCAGCCAAACUUUGAAGAAAAAAAAAAACAAAAAAAAACAAUAGCACUGGAUUUAACUCCGAAAAAGAAGGAGAAUAAUGUUGAAACUAUUUGUUUUCUUGCUGUCAUUUAGAAAACGCCAGCGUUUGGGCUCAGUUGACUGAUUGGCUGAGUUGUCGGUGAAGUGAGCCCAAACGGGCCGUCAUCACUCUGCUCUGAUUUGACGGUGCAUUGUCUCACUGUGUUCGAGCUCCUCUCUUAGUACAGUGACAAUGAUCACAUUAGGUUGGAUGUUCAUUUCUCAUCUUUACGUUGCAGUCCACAUUCUCAUGCUGCCAUCGUUUUUGGAAUCCGGUGAGACAUAGACGUGCGUUCGUCCAGAAAUAUCUACGGUAGAGAUUGUCGUUGCUCUCUGUGCGUUAAAAAGCUGCUUUGCUAGACCUGAGGGCGGCGUGACCUGACCUUACCUGGCCCUCAGCAGAUUUUUUUUGGUAGACUCGAAAUAAAACCUUGUUUGUAUGGUCGUCUGUCUCAACACAGAUACAAUGAUGUCUCACCAAUUUUAAGAAGAAAAAUAGCAUUUUAUAUUUAUAUUAUAA